AUGGACCCUGAGCGUCGCCGCCAGGUGCGCAAUGCGCGUACACGCCGUCGCGCCAAUCGACACGACGAGGACGGCGCUUCCAACGGUCCUUCUGCGCCCGUCACGCGACGCCCCGCAGAUGGGGACCGUGCGGCUCCGCCCCCGCUGCCGAGUAACCGCCGCCGCGCCUCCACGACGCGCGACGAGGCACAGCGGCUGUCGCAGCGCAUGCAGCAGCAGCGGCAAGACAAGACGAUAGCCGAUCGGCUGCGCUCGCAGCGGGAGGCGAUGAUACAAGAGCGCUACGCACCCGGCACAGCAGCUCUCUCGUUGCCGCGGGAGGCGACAACGCAGCAGCAGCAACAACACAACGCCGACGCCGCCGCUGCCGCCGUCGCGUUCGACAAGGAUGAACUUCUCGGAUACUUAAUUGGGGAGAGCAAGGCAAACUUCUUGAAGUUGGAUCACGACCUGACCGAGGAUCACACCAUCGCCACGCAGCGGCUGCACAACUCCGUCUUUGCCCACGCCAACAGCUUUUUGCUGCUCUUUCGCGAUGUCGAUCGUGCCAGUGACCUCGUCGAAGCCCUCAAGGCUAACGUGCAGGGCACAAAGGCCGCCAUCUCCAACAUCAGCAAGUAUUCGUCCGCCAACAUCGUCGCCAACUCCGCGUCUUCCGGGGGGGUUGGGAGUGCAAAGGCGCCCGGCUCUGCCGGCAUGAGCGACGCACGCGCGAACGUCUUCAGCUCCGCGCUGAGCAGCACAUUAGGCGAGGGCGACCCGCGACGGCUGGCGCGGCCGAGCCUCGUUACCCGUCGCAUCGCGCACCGCUACGCCAGCAGCAGCAGCAACGGCGGUGGCAACAGCAGCGAGCUGACCGGCGAGGACGUGUGGCGGAACAACAGUGGAAACAACAGCUCCAUGAAAGCGUCCGCCAUAGGAACGUCGUCGACGCGAGCCACGACGUGGGCUUCGACAGUGCAGCGCAGUGGCACGGAGGACGCCGCCGGCGACACCGCGUCUGCUCCUGCUGGCCCGACAGCGGCGAACAGCGAUGGUGGUGGUGGUGAUGCGGCCGAUGACGCCGCCAUGAACACCGGCGCCACGCGGCCCACCACACGCGGAUUGAACGUCUCCUCGGUGCGGCAGUGGCGCUACACCAUCGGCCUGGCGAGCGCCUCUCCGGCGACGACAGCGGCGGCUGUCGCAUCGGCGAGCAGCGCGGACCGGGCCGAAGCACGCGGUGGUGACGGCAAAUCGAGUACGAAUGGUCGUCGACUGCGUGCCGGCGCGGCAGUGGAUAAAUCAGCCAGCGCCGUCACCACCGCCGUGGCGAAGGCGGAGAAGGAGGCGACGGAGACCGCGUCGUUCGUGGAUAUCGUGCGUGAGGAGGUGAGCCAGCUGCUGACGGAGCGGCGCCACAUGGACGCGGCGGAGCUGCUGUACCGCCUGGCGGACGAGGCCACCGCGAAGGGUUGCCUUCCGUUUUUGCUGGACCUGGAGGCGGCCCUCGUCCGCAGUGUCAUCACGAACGUGGUGAAGAUCCCUGUCACGCCGAUGUUUAUGGAGAGCCUGCACAUCCCACUGGUGCAGCUGCUGCUGCGCUUCGGUCGCUCCCGCAGUGCGGCGGCGGUCUACCUGACGAUGCAGACCCCGUGGCUGCACAGUGAGGUGCAGAAGCUCCAGGCCAGGGUGAACCCGCAGUCCGCGAGCCUCAUUGCGGUCGACUACCUGGUGCGCGUUACACGGGCCACCGUGCGGCGGCAGCACACACUUGGACUUGGCCUGGACGCGGCCCAGCCCUUCAUGAAGGACGCCGCCGCGGUUUCUGCGCCCGCUACAAAGGACGAUCCAAAGCGCAAGGCAGGUGGUGCCGCCGCCGCCGCUGCUGCUGGUGCGUCGUCGUCUGCGGGCAAGCUGAUCGCGCCGAAUUCGGCAGCGCUGCUGUGGGUGCGGCACAACGUGGAGCGCUUCGCCUGUGAUGUCCUGUCGACGCAUUUGUUAAGCUUCGGCACCGGCACCGAUGGCGGCGACCCAACCCGCAUCCGCCAAGCCGCGCAGAUGAUCUCGCAGACCUCGCGCGUGAUGCAGGCGCUAAGCGCGGACGGCUUUGCGGGCUGCGACACCCUCAUUCUACGGCAGCUGACUCCGAGUCUCGUCAUACUUGAAGAUGACUUUACGCGUUUGACCGGAGAGAAGAUCGAGCACGCCGGACGUGCCAUGAUGGAGCAGCUCAUUAUGGGCAGCUUAAUCUUCUACGAGGUAAAUGAGGCGAACACGGCGGCGAUCGCGGCCACGGCGGAGGCCACCGCAGCGUACGCGGCUGCCGUAGCGAAGCUCUCCACCUCCCUUAGUGCAUCAGCGGCAGCAACUGGAGAAGACACAAGGAAAGCGGUCAGGGGGCCAGCAGUUGCCGACACAGCCGGUCCGAGGAUGCCGCCGCGUCCACCGCCGCUACGCCUUACCCCGCCCUACACCCCUUCCAAGGGCGAUGAUGUUGCCCGUAAAGUGCGUGCACGCUGCCAGGAGAUGGUGCAGGUGGUGCGCACGCUUCCCUUGUCGGGUCACUCCCUGCUGAUCCAGCUGCUGCUCGCCCCCGCGUCGUCGUCGCUGUUCAGUGCGGCCGGUGCGCACAUGACAGGGGGGAGCUCGUCAUCGCCGCCGCCCAGCGCUACGCUGCGUCGAGUGACGCCGUCCACUAUGACAGGUACGCACGCCACGGCAACAGCGGGAGCCGGUCGAGCAGGCGCGGGCCGCGGUGGUGGUGCGUCCCCUCCUGCGAAGGCAGCCGCGGUGUCCUCCCCCCUCACCGCCCUCCUCUUCCACUCCCACCCUCCACCUCCGCCGCUCUCCGCGGAGCUAUUCCGCUUUCUCCGCUACGCCAACGGCUGCUCUAGCACGCAGGUCCGCCUCCUGCAGUCCCUCAGCGGUUACAUGGCGGCCCUCACCGGUACGGCGCACCUGCCCGCUGAGGUGAUGGCGUCAGCGGCGGCGCAGGAGCACGAGGGCGCCAACGCGGCCGCCGCCGCCGCGAUGCGUGCGGAGCAGAUGGAGUGCGUCGCCUACCUCCUGACGAGCGCCAUGGUGACCGAGUCGAUCGACGUCGUGCUGAGUAACAUGUUCACUACGAUGCUGCUUGAUCUGCUGCGCCAGCGCCGCGCCCUCGUGCGGUUUCUGUCCUCCGAGGCGUUUCUGACGCACCACCGACGUGUCUUUCCCCCACCCACGGCCGACAAGGCGGUGACCGCUUCGGACAAGCCGCUUUUCGCAGACCCGGUGAACGCGCCGGGCUGGGUGCUGGACGGGACGCUGUCGCUCCUCUCCGAUGUGCUCGGCAUGGGUGUGUGGAUCUCCUACUUUACCCGCGGCGGGGCAAUGACGCACAUGCUGGCGGAUGCGCAGCUCGGCUUCCGCACCCAGCACCUCGAGCGGGUGCAGCGGGAGGUGCCGCGCCUCGUGCAGGGGUGGAUGUGCGCGGCGUUGUUGCUGAGCAGCGACGUGACUCACGCGAACACCGUGCUGGCGCCGGUGAGGAAGUCGGCGACGGCGUCGAACACGCUGCGUGCCGUACCGGCCGCCAGCCCGCUGCUCGCACCGCAGCAAAGUGUGUUCUUCGGCGCUCGUGCGCCGGCGCGGGAGGGCACCGGCGGCGUCGGCGGGAGCGCCUUCUCCCCCACGGCAUCGAUGUCGAACCGCAUGAUCAGCAACAUGUCCUUCACGGCCGUUGCCGCCGCCGCCACUGCCGCCGCCGCACAGACGACGAUGGGUGCAGUGAGGAGAGACGCGAAGGACGGCGUCGAUGUGGCUUCCGUGCUGCUUUCUAUUCCGGUCGUCAACGGCACCGGGGCAGCAGCCGGGACACCGAUGACGACGACGACUGCGGCGGCGGCAGGUGCCAGCAACGGCGCGACGGACGCCGCCGCAGCCACCGCCGCGUUCUUCGCGGAUGCUGGGGUGCGCGAGGAACGCCUGCUGCGCUUCCUCCUGACCCUCCUCGACCGCCGGUACUGCACGCCGGCGGGCUUCACCGCGCACUACUAUGUUGUCGACUCCGCCACCACCGUCGACGGCGCCACCGGUGCCCCGUGCGGGGUGUGGGCGGUGCGUCGACGACUGCGCAGCUAUCCCGAGUUCCCGACGGGCGACAUGUGGGCCCACCGCAGCGACGAGGUCUUUCUCUUCCACUGGUGUGCGCAGGUGUCGCUGCACCUUCUCACCUUCUUCCAGGAACGGCUCGUGACGCCGAGCGCGACGCUGAAUCAACGCGCCGCGGAGGCGCAGGGCAGUGCGGCCGCGUUUCUCGCCGGCGGUUCGCCUUUCCCGAUAGAAGGCUGCAUCACCCCACCGGAGGACACCGUCCUCGCGGGGUGGUGCGCGGGCGGCGGCAACUACAUUACGGCCGUCGCGCUGCUUCAGUUUUUGGUUAUGCGGCUGCUGCGGGACGGCCUGUGUCGUGUGGAGACGUGGUCCGCCGUGUACGACAGCCCUGUGGCGCAGUGGCGCGCUGAGGAGUCCGUGCUCCGGCAGCAGCUCUUCUUCUUCGCGCUCUUUCUCUACCUGUGGGCACCGCUGUUCACCGGUGGGCGGGCACCGCGACCGCGUGCUGGUGGUGCACCGCGCACAGCCGCUGCUACUGCUGCUGCUGCUGGCAGCCCCACCGACGACACCGCGGUAAGUUCCUACUUGGUGGACGGGCUCCCGUCCAUUGCGAUUGUGGAGUGGAUGACGUGCGGGGGUGUUCUCAGCUCCGCUGCCGCCGCCGCGAACUUUGUGGACACGGCGCUGGUCUCCGCCGCACCCGGCACGAUCCCGCCGUCGCUCACCGCCAUUGACGUGCUCUUUGCGACGGAGGGCACUAUCCACCUCGCGACGGCGAAUGCGGACAAGACAGGGGGCGUCGCCAGUGCCGGCCGCGGUGGCACCGGCGCUGCUGGUGGCGGUGCGGCUGCGUGGAAGGCGAAGACGGGCGGAAGCACCGCGCACGCACCCGCUGCUGCCGCCGGGGCCGCCACGUCGUUCGCCGCCGCGGGAACGUCGACCAACACGAUGCUGGCGAGGCGCGACCUCUUCGGCCCUGGUGCGUCGUUUAUCCCCGACAGCUUGCUGCGUGUGGUGCGCCACUUCUUUGAGGAGCAGCUUGGGGAGAGCCGCGCCAUUCCUGCCAUCACAUCCGACAUGAUGCGCAACCGCGUGGAGAAGGCCAUGGCGGACAUCAAUCUGGCGGAGUUCGUCGGCACGUCCUUCGGCGCCGAGGACGACAGCGAGAGCGACGGCGCAAGUGUGGCGAGCUCCUCCUCUGCGGGCAGUGCGAAGAGUGCGAAACCGGCGGCGUCGCAGAGGACGACGCUGCAGAACCUGCGUGACUUAAUCGCCACGUACACCCAACCCAUCAGCUAG